CCGAUCUCCUCCGCAGUCCGGGCCGCUGGGCGCAGAGGCUGCCGCAGCGCCGGCGGCCACCGACGCCUUCCCACGCCGGAUACCCAUUGUGUCCUACCCCAUCCCGCCUUCCACCUCCCCACGGCCAUGGCGCAGGAAACCGGGAGCAGCUCUCGACUCGGGGGGCCCUGCGGGGAGCCUGCGGAGCGCGGAGGUGAUGCUAACGAGGAGGACCACCCCCAAGUCUGUGCCAAAUGCUGCGCACAAUUCUCUGACCCGACCGAAUUCCUCGCUCACCAGAACGCGUGUUGCACUGACCCACCCGUGAUGGUGAUAAUUGGGGGUCAGGAGAACCCCAACAACUCAUCCUCCUCCUCUGCACCCCGGCCAGAGGGCCACAGUAGGCCCCAGGUCAUGGAUACUGAGCACGGCAAUCUCCCAGAUUCUGGGUCUUCUGGGCCCCCUGAUCCUACGUGGGGGCCAGAGCGGAGAGGAGAGGAGUCUUCGGGGCAUUUCCUGGUCGCUGCCACAGGUACAGCGGCUGGAGGAGGUGGGGGCCUGAUCUUGGCCAGUCCCAAGCUGGGAGCAACCCCAUUACCUCCAGAAUCUACCCCUGCACCCCCUCCUCCUCCCCCCCCCCUCCUCCCCCUCCCCCCUCCGGCUCCAGGUGUAGGCAGUGGCCACUUGAACAUUCCCCUGAUUUUGGAAGAGCUGCGGGUGCUGCAGCAGCGACAGAUCCAUCAGAUGCAGAUGACUGAGCAGAUCUGCCGCCAGGUGCUGCUGCUUGGCUCCUUGGGGCAGCCGGUGGGUGCUCCUGCCAGCCCUUCAGAGCUGCCCGGGACAGGGACUGCCUCCUCCACCAAGCCCCUGCUGCCUCUCUUCAGUUCCAUCAAGCCUGUCCAAACUGGCAAGACACUGGCACCUUCCUCCUCCUCUUCCUCUUCCUCAGGGGCAGAACCGCCCAAGCAGGCUUUCUUCCACCUUUACCACCCCCUGGGAUCGCAACAUCCCUUCUCUGUUGGAGGAGUGGGGCGAAGCCACAAACCCACACCUGCCCCCUCCCCUGCCCUGCCAGGCAGCACAGACCAGCUGAUUGCCUCGCCUCAUCUGGCAUUCCCAGGCACCACAGGACUCCUGGCAGCUCAAUGUCUUGGGGCAGCAAGGGGCCUUGAGGCUGCUGCCUCCCCAGGGCUCCUGAAGCCAAAGAAUGGAAGUGGUGAUCUGGGCUACGGGGAAGUGAUCAGUUCCUUGGAAAAGCCUGGCGGAAGGCACAAAUGCCGCUUUUGUGCCAAAGUAUUUGGCAGUGACAGCGCGCUGCAGAUUCACCUGCGUUCCCACACUGGCGAGAGGCCCUACAAGUGCAACGUCUGCGGUAACCGCUUCACUACUCGGGGCAACCUCAAAGUGCAUUUCCACCGGCAUCGUGAGAAGUACCCGCACGUGCAGAUGAAUCCGCAUCCGGUACCUGAGCACCUAGACUACGUCAUCACCAGCAGUGGGCUGCCUUACGGGAUGUCCGUGCCGCCGGAGAAAGCCGAAGAGGAGGCCGCUACACCAGGUGGAGCGGUUGAGCGCAAACCUCUAGUGGCCUCCACGACAGCGCUCAGUGCCACAGAGAGCCUGACCCUGCUCUCCACUGGCACAAGCACGGCGGUGGCUCCUGGACUCCCUGCUUUCAACAAGUUUGUGCUCAUGAAAGCCGUGGAGCCCAAGAGUAAAGCUGAUGAGAAUACGCCCCCGGGGAGCGAGGGCUCCGCGGUUACCGGAGUAGCAGACGGUGGCGCAGCCACCCGGAUGCAGCUAAGUAAGCUGGUGACCUCGCUGCCGAGCUGGGCACUGCUUACGAAUCACUUGAAGUCAACCGGAAGCUUCCCCUUCCCCUAUGUGCUGGAGCCCUUGGGGGCUUCACCGUCUGAGACGUCAAAGCUGCAGCAGCUGGUAGAAAAGAUUGACCGCCAAGGGGCUGUGGCAGUGGCCUCUACCGCAUCAGGGGCUCCCACCACCUCCGCCCCUACACCUUCAUCCUCGUCUUCAGGACCUAACCAGUGCGUCAUUUGUCUCCGGGUGCUGAGCUGUCCCCGAGCGCUGCGCCUGCAUUAUGGCCAGCAUGGAGGUGAGCGGCCCUUCAAGUGUAAAGUGUGUGGCCGAGCUUUCUCCACAAGGGGCAAUUUGCGUGCGCAUUUUGUGGGCCACAAGACAAGUCCAGCUGCCCGGGCCCAGAACUCCUGCCCCAUCUGCCAGAAGAAGUUCACUAAUGCUGUCACGCUGCAGCAACAUGUUCGGAUGCACCUGGGAGGCCAGAUUCCCAACGGUGCUUCCACACUUCCUGAAGGCGGGGGAGCUGCCCAGGAGAAUAGCUCUGAGCAAUCUACAGUCUCUGGACCAGGGAGCUUCCCCCAGCAGCAAUCCCAGCAGCCGUCACCGGAAGAUGAGUUGUCUGAAGAAGAGGAUGAGGAAGAGGAGGAAGAUGUGACGGAUGAAGAUUCCCUAGCAGGAAGAGGCUCAGAGAGCGGGGGUGAGAAGGCCAUAUCAGUGCGAGGUGACUCCGAAGAGGUAUCUGGGGCGGAGGAGGAAGUAGGAGCAGUGGGAGCAGCACCCACCACCGGGAAGGAGAUGGACAGUAACGAGAAAGUCUCUCAACAAGCGUCUCUGCCACCACCUCCGCCUGACAACCUGGGUCAUCCCCAACCCAUGGAGCUGGGAGCCAGUGAUGUUUCUGGAGGCAUGGAGGAAGAGGCCAAACUGGAGGGGACCCCAAGCCCGAUUGCAGCCAUCACCCAAGAAGGGGAGGGCACCAGCACCCCUUUGGUGGAGGAGCUGAGCUUACCGGAAGUCGUGCAAAAGGAGCCAGGAGAGGGCAGCAGCAGAAAGGCCUGUGAUGCGUGUGGCCAGACCUUUCCUACCCAGACAGCUCUGGAGGAGCACCAGAAGACCCACCCUAAGGAAGGGCCACUCUUCACUUGUGUUUUCUGCAGGCAGGGUUUCCUUGAUCGUCCUACCCUCAAGAAGCACAUGCUGUUGGCUCACCACCAGGUACCCCCCUUUGCACCCCAUGGUCCUCAGAAUAUUGCUACUCUCUCCUUGGUCCCUGGCUGUUCCUCUGCCAUCACUUCUCCAGGGCUCUCCCCGUUCCCUCGAAAAGAUGACCCCGCCAUCCCAUGAGCCUGUUUUCUGUACCUGAUCCCCUAUGUGUAGGGCACAGAAAUUGAGGCUCCAUAGAAGGACCUUCAAGAUUUACUCAACUUCCCCUUUUCUCAAGUUUUAACAUGAUGUUUCUAGUGGUUUCUCUCUAGUCUCUGAGCUUAAAAAUUGAGUUCAAAAGGGAAUGCCCCCUAAGAAAUUUGUAUCACCUUUUUGUUCUUUGUAACUAGGGAAAACAAAUUCUCUGUAGCUUUCUCAAGCUCAAGGGGAGUCCUCCCCUCUUCUCCCUUUCCCUUUGGCUGGUACACCAGAACCCCCAUCUGUGGAAUGGCAGCCUUGCUCAAAGGGGCUGGCAUCUGUCUAUGGAGGGCCCAGUGCUACUCCUUGGUGAUCUUGACCAAGUCACCCUGCAAGACUUCCUUGUGCCAGGACCUUCUUGAGAAGCUUGCGAAGGGUGGGUGUCUUACUUUUCUGCAACAAGUACAGUUUUUCCUGUCAGGUGGCCUACCCACCAAACCCACCAUCAUUGCUAUUAAGCCCAGGAACUGUGUUUGAGAAGAGGGCUCCAACAACAAGAUCCAGAGAGGCAGUGGAGAACAUAGCCUCUCUCCUGAUUCUGCCUUCUGUAUCCAUGGCGGUACCUACCAAGCACACCAGAGAAAAGAAGUAACAAACUAUAACCUCUUUCUCCUUCCCCCUGCUACAGAAGGUGCUGGCAAUGAAGAUAUUCUAGUAAUUGGUGGCUCAACCCUCGGAGUUAGGGAAGGAUGAAGGGUUGGGUUGCUUUUUCAGUAUGUCCCUUGACUUGUCACAUUAAGGCAAAGAUAUUAGCUGAUCAAGAUGCACAGACUCCUUCAACUUCUCAUUUAUCAUGGCCUCUCAACCGACAAGCAGAUUUCCUGCCAGGAGGUCUCCAUGAGAUAAUCUUAGGAAGUAUAAAGUUCCUAACUUUCAAGAGCCGUAUUUGUGAGGAUAGUUGAUGAUGUCAUGGCGAGUUGAGGAGUGUUUCUAAAACAGGGAUUUCUGGGAACCUAUUUGAUAAAGAAUGGAGCGUGAUGUAAGGGAGAGGAACUUCAGCUCUUGUGAAUGUGAACAUUCUAAUGAAUGUCCCUUUGGGCUAACGGUGAUAUGGUGUUGCAGCCCCAGGAGUCAUAGGGACUUCCUAGCACUAGAAUGCUUUAGUUUUAGAUGGUGCGCUAUUUCAUUCCCUUGCCCCUUAUAUGCCCCUGGUCUUCUCAAAACCCCUUUCCUCCCCAAUUUUGCCUGAUCGUGGACCAGAGCUUAUGUCUUAUUUUUUUGUCUGCUUCUUAGAGCCCCAGACAUUGAGAGACAAGCUUCAAGUGGCUCCUCCCUGCCUCUCUGUCUUGUAGUGAGACGUAGUAUUGACUCUUAACAUAGGAUCCUGUGGAACAGGAGUUCUGAGAAGGAGACUGGAUUUUGUUAGUCAAUGAUGAUUCUAAAGUAGUAGCUUCAGAGCUCCCUAACACGGUGAAAUGUGUAAGAGCAGAAAGGGGAGAUGUUAGUAUCUUUCCCUUCGUCAUUAAAGGUGUUUGAGCCAAGUA